AUGGCAUCAGAUACAUCUGGUCCCACGUUACCAUCCCGGAUAGCAUCGCUGGUUCAUGCUCAUUUUGAUGCUCUGCCCACACGCAGUAAACCCACCAUUUUUCCAGAUGGAUCGAGGGAAUGGAUCCCAAUGACCGGCAUUGUCGCCGUUAAAGGGGAGAAUACACCGUCUGAAAGUCUGACCUGCAUAUCUGUCACGAGUGGUGCAAAAUGCUUGUCAGCAUCUCAUAUCCCACGCUGUAGGGGUCUUGUAUUACAUGAUUGCCAUGCCGAAAUAUUGGGCCUGCGAGCAUUCAAUUACUGGCUUCUUACGGAAUGCCACAGUGAACUAUCCCGAGAAAAGCAUUUAUCCAAAGCCUGCGAUACAUCCAAUCUUGAUAAUGAAGAAGUAUCAGGUUCUCCCUUCAUACAACGGCGAAAAGUUGAAGAAACUGAAGAUGUUCAUUCAAUCUCGGCCACAAAAUGGCCACCCUUCGAACUGCAGCCUGAUAUAAAGAUUUACAUGUACUGUACAUGUGCUCCUUGCGGCGAUGCAAGCAUGGAACUCUGCAUGGCAGCUCAAGCUGAUGCAACACCAUGGGAAGUCUUGCAACAAGAGCCUCCCCCAUCCACAAGCCAAGAUGCAGAGUUUCCAGCGGAGCAGACCCUGCUAGAUGGCCGGGCACACUUCUCUCUUCUCGGGGUUGUGCGUCGAAAACCAGCCCGCAUGGAUGCUGAGUCCACACGCAGCAAAUCCUGCUCGGACAAACUUGCAUUGCGGCAAGUUUCCUCCUUGCUAUCCUGCGAAACUAGUCGCCUUGUUGCUCCCACCGAGAACGCGUAUCUGGCCGGUCUGGUUCUUCCUGCAGAUGAAAUCAGCCAAGUAGGCUGUGACCGCUCUUUUGGGGAGAAUGGUCGAAUGCAGGCUCUGAAAGGACGAACGUGGCCUGGGAAAACAGAGCUCAAAGAAAGCACAACUGGGUAUCGGUUCCAUCCAUUCCAGGUGCUUUCGGUACCGGUUGAGGAGGUAGCGGCGCUUUGGAGUUUCGCAAAACAGAAGCCUAUGCCUUUUCUGGCAGAUUCCUCGGAAGAGCAAGAUGAAACUUCGACAACUGUUACCAGUCUCAAAAAGAGCAGACCGGGGAAUGUUAGCGCUGUAUGGAUAGUGGCUCCCUCAUAUCAUGCCUCAUCGGCAACGGUCAUGGAUACGGGCAGCAAGUCAAUGCCGACUCUGUAUCGUUCAAAAACGGGGUUAUAUGAAACCAUCAUCAAUGGAGUGAAGCAAGGGAACCGCGCAUCUGCGCCCGGUGCUCGUGGGGCCUCGUCUCUGUCUCGAGCUAAACUUUGGGCUCUCUUUCGCGACAUUGCUCCCGUGUCAGUUCCUAACAUUUCCCAAGACCGUGUCACUCCAGCUGAAUUGCUGUCGAAUACUUUGGAAACUGAAGAAAUGCCCAUCAACACCAUUCAUGAUCUAACGCCAGACACAGCCACUUAUCAGGAGUUCAAAAAGCCUAGCAGCUUAGAAGAUCCAUUGCAAAUCCGUAAGCAGGCCAUUGAGAAUGCCAAAUCAGUCCUCAAGGGGUGGAUGCCGAAUGUAGGCGAUGAUUCUUGGGGGUUGGAUGUUUUGGUCGAUCCCAAAAAGCGAAAGCGUUGA